CUAUUAACAGGAAAUGCAGGUAUCCCUCGGCUUUGGACUAUGGUGGAUCUGUUGAAAUACUCUUGUCUAGAAAGAAAUAAAAAAACAAACUUUCUUCUUGGUUUAUCUUCCCGCUGGUAACAAAAAUGACUAAUCCAAGUAGUAGGUUUCACUAUGUCCAAGCCAAACUGUGAUUGCCAACAGAAUGACAGCACUGCCCAAGAAUAUCCUGUUGAAAUCAAUCCAUUUGAACUUGAGGACUGUGAAUCCCAGCCGAAAAGGGGAGAUCAUCUCUACUUUGAGUUAGAGAAAGAUGGGAGCUCUCUGAUCAAAGAUACAAUGGAGACAGAUAGCACUGUAACCAAAGAGAAGCAAGGUAAAAAAAAAGGGAAAAAGACAGACAGAAAAAAGAGGAACUCCAUUAUCCAGUCCCUGAUAGAGGUUUUAAACAAAGACAAAAGCUCUGAAGGGAAAUCUGAAGGAAAAGUGAAUUCAAAGUCUGUAUCAGAAGAUAUAACAGAAAUAAAACAUUCAGAUAAAAAAUCUGGAAAGAAAGUUUCCAUUACUGAAGAUGUCAGUCAGGCAGAAGAUAAUUUCAGUUUGUUGAGGGGAAAAUGUAAAAAUGAAUUUGAUUCUAAUGUUGGUCCAAUCUAUGACCUUGCCAGUGAACUAGAAAUACAGCCAAAUCAGAAACCCCCCAAAAAACUAUCACCAAAGUGGGGUGAAAAAAAAACAGAUUCUUUGAGAUCUAGUGUUUCAGUGGGCAACAGAGGUUGCCAGGAAGGAUUUGGUUCUCCAGUUCCAGUAAAUUUUAUCAACCCUCCUCAGAAUGUCAGUAUUGCAAGCAACAGUGAGAUGGGUGAGUAUAGCCUGGCAUUCCUUAGAAGUACAGAGUCACAACUUAGUGACAGUGAUAUAGAGAAGCUGAAAGCCAAAGGAUUUGAAAAUCUGAAUACGGGCAACAACUCUACAGAUCAACCAGAUGGACAUUAUGAUGAAGCGGAUGAUGAAUACUGCUGCCCCACAGAGUCUGAGGGUGAGGGGGAAAACUUUGACUGGGGCUCAGAAUUUGAAGAUGAAGAUGAUAAUGUUUACCAUGAUCCUGAAACCCCAGAUGACAAAGAAGAGUCAGUGUAUGAGAAGCCUUUACCAAAGCCUCCAAAAAAUAAAGUAGCUAACAAAGUUCCUUCUGGUCUGAAUUUCCUAAACAGAAAAUCAUCUACUGUUGUAGAGAGUGUAAAACCCAGCACUGAAGAAAUACUAAUGACCACAUGUUUACCUGUAACUAUCAAUCCAGACAAGCAUCCACCACCAUUUUUACCUCCAGAACCUGUAUAUCUAUCUGAAAACCAGAAGAAGAGAAGGAUGAUUAUAAGCCUGAUCAUUCAGAGUGAACAAUCUUACCUUGAGGCCUUAGAGAGGAUAUUAAAGGAUUAUGAGAAGACAGUACUUGAUUUUAUUCCUAACUCUAAGUCCAAGUUAAAACAUGUGUUUGCCCAGACUAGAGACAUCGUCUCACACCAUAAAAUGUUCCAGAUUGAGCUCUCAGAGAUUGCCAGAAAGUGGGAUGAAGAGGAGAAAAUUGGGGACACGUUUACAGCCUCAUUUUCCAAAUCGAUGCUGGUCGACUCUUACAGCAUGUAUGUGAACAACUUUGCUGCUGCCAUGGAAGAGAUUCGCACAUUGCGCAGGCAGAAAGCAUCUUUUGACGAAUUAUUGAAGAAUCAAGAAAAACUUGGUCCUGACAGACUCUCCAUCUUUGGUUUGAUGGUGAAACCAGUACAGAGGUUUCCUCAGUUUAUGAUGUUUAUUCAGGAUUUGAUCAAAUACACUCCACAAAAUCACCCUGACAGACGUGCCCUGCAGCUGGCCUUGACAGAGCUGGAGAAUGUUGCAUACAAGCUUAAUGAAAGAAAGCGCCAGAGUGAGCAAGAAUUCCAAGCCCAUCAGAUUGUCCACAAGCUGGUCAAGCAGAAAGUCCAGCAUUUGUUGACUGCCAAUUUCAAUCAUGACGCCAGACGAAGAGCACUGCGGUCAGACUUAAUGGAACAGAUUUGUGGUGAAGUUGGCAACCUAAAAUGCAAGAACAGAAGAAUAAUUCUAAUGAAUGACAAACUUCUGUGUGUCAAAGUUCUAGAAAAAGAGCAGUCUGGCUUUGUUGUGGAGAGACUUGCUCUGCGCUGGUUUGCCAACCUUAGUGACAUUGAGCUCAAAGACACAGCAAUCACCCCUGAAAUGCUGAGUGUUGUGAAAAAAGAUUCUGACAAAAUUGAUAUCAUCUCCACACGUUUAGAUCAAUAUUUAGAACAUCCUGAAGAAGAUCCUUACCACAUCUAUGCUGACUUAAAAGACAUGCUACAUGACUACAAUAUCCUGGGUCAAAUCAGUGGCUUGCUUGCAAGCUUGAAGCGAUCUUAUGUUGGCCAUGGUCUAAAUGAAGAGCUGAUCCAUGAAGUAUCCAGAGAUUUGCAGAGAAUGAUCCAACUAAAAGAUGAACAGCUCAGACUUGUCAACAGUUGUUCUAUAGUUCUGGAAGAUACUUCCAAGACAGACAAGCCCCACUAUGUACUACAAACACAAAGUGCUUCAUUGAAACAGGAGUGGUGUGUAGAUUUCCUGAUGGCCAAACUGGCGGUGGACAAGUCCAAUAUGCCAGCAUGGGACAGCUCUUUAAGCAGUGAUGUUGUCUAUGAUUCCAUUCCAGCAGUGUUCAUGAGGCAUCUUGCAGUGGAUGUCCCCAGAACAUAUACACAAAUCAAAUGUGCUGUAUCCAUUUUCUUGAACCCAGAGAACUCUUCUGUUGGUGUUGGUGUCCAACAUUUAUGGGUUUGUGCUUCCAAUGACAAGCUUGGACAGAUCUCUUUACUGUCAAUACAUAACUCUAAACCUUCCCUCAUGGAGUCUUUCAAAGCCUGUAGCUGUGAAAUAACUGCAGUGGAACUGGUUCCUGGUUGUGGAAGCUGUUCUGUGCUAGGAUCCUAUUUGUUUGCAGAGGACACUGUUUGGAUGUCAACUGUCAUGAAUGAGAUUUUGAUAUUUCCAUUGACAAACAUUGAUGGAGCUCACAGGCAAGUUAUUGCAACAAUCAAGUUGCCAUCAACGGCCAUAUCUCUAAAAUUUGUUGAUGAAAGAUUUUUCUGCGGCCUGGACAGUGGCGUAGUGUUAAUCUUCUCUCGCAGUGAAGCUGGCAAUUGGGAUAUCCUUACACCUGCUGUCUUUCACUUUGGCACCAGUCAAGUCAAGUUUCAUUUUGUACAUGAAGAGGAUUUAUACCUGUCCUGUGAAAAUCAACUAUUCUUGAUGGAGAUAGACAGCUUACAACAAAAGGCCAGGCAUGUGUUGAUGACAGAGAACAAAUCAGACAUUGACACUGUUGUGAAAUCUGGUGUGGGCAUUUGGGUGUCCUUCAAGGAGAGUGCUGUGAUCAAACUGUUUCACAUUGAGAGCAUGGAGAACCUUCAGGAGCUGAGUGUGGGCAAUUUUGUUAACAGAAUACGUUCAGAGCGGCUUUGGUCACUGAGUGGUGCAACAGAAAACUUGGUGGUUACUUGUUUAGCUAUCAGCAGAGGUCUUUUGUGGAUAGGAACCAGCACUGGAUUGAUUCUUACUGUGCCAUUGCCCAGGCUGAGUGAUGGUGUUCCUCUGUACAGAGGCAAGCCCAAUAUUUCCCUGCAUGCCCACAAAGGUUCAGUCAGGUUUUUGCUUUCACUGAACUGCUCUACCAGCACAAUGGAGCUGAACAGUGCUAGCUCUCUCAGGGCUGUCCUGAGAACAAGGUCUAGCAGACGGAACCUGGAAAGAGAGAGGGCUGAAGAGAAUGCGCAGAGGGAACCAUCAAUGCCAGAAGAUGCUGAGCCAAGUGCCAGCACCAAGCCCUCACCCCCAAAAGCAACAGAUGAAAUGAACGACUUUUCAAAGGUGGGCUUAAAGCGCACAUUGAGCAAUCAGUCAAGACCACUAAACUUGCUGACAGAUGCUGAGGCAGAGGCAAUAAAGGAGUGGGAGGAACUAAAUUCUUCAGAGGAUAAGAAAACCACAAGGAGUAGUAAACUCAACCAAAAGACAUCUUUUGAAGAAAGUUUGUCUACUUUGAAAAGGAGCAGCUAUAGUCUUAAGAAAGGAGAGAAGAGGCUGUCAGCAGGUUCAGUGGUUAGUGAAAAGAUGGACUUAAGUGAACAGAAUUUGCCAUCUCUUGAAAAACCACAUGAAGUAGAAAUGCUAUAUGAGGUUCUUAUGGAGGAGGGCAUGGGCAGAGCAGAAGAACAUGAAAGUCCUGAGGCAUCCAGUGCAGCUACAGGAAGUGAACAAGCCUUGAAAAGACAUUCAGAGAGCACUGCUGGGGAUCAUGUCAGCUUGUUGUCCCCAGACUCAUCCCUGCCCUCCUCAAAGACCGUCACCCUGAGCCCAUCCAGCUCAACAUCCUCAACCAAUAGCUCAAAAGAAACAACAGAUUUGGGCACAUCUGGAAUGAAAAGGGGCACAAGUCUCAAAAGGACUUUGUCACGAAAGGUGAGUAAUAAUGCUGUGAUCGUACUGAGUGGAGGAGAUGGCUGUUGUGAUUUAGACUGUUCUAGAAGCCAGAGUAAAACAGACUGCGCCAGUGUAAUGCUUUGGAUCUACAAAUACUAGAUAUUAUAUUUUCCCAAUAUUUUGUGUUAUUAUGACUGUACUGAUGCUAUGAAAUACAGUCCUCUGUAUGUACAUAUAAUGUCAUCUUAAAAAUCAAAGCAAAUGCAAUAUAUUAUAAUUUUUUAUAAUAAUAUUUUAUACUCAUUAUUUGAUAAUUCACUGAAAAUAAUUUAGUCUGUAAUUGAUGAGGGUUGAGUUGUUGAUAAAGUUUUGAAUUGAAAUGAUAUAGAAGGUUUUAGCCUGCAAGAUGUCAGAGACAGACAGAGGAGAACUGUAACUAAGUUAAUCUUAUAAUAAACCACACUUACAGAUACAGUGAGAGACCAUUUUAUGAUUGUCUGAGUACAAUGGAACUAAUUCCAACAGAGCUGUUUAAAAGAAUGCAGAGAUCUUGUCUGUUUUAUGGCUGUUAUGGGUCAUAUUUAAAAUAAAAGUUUACAAAUAAACUCUACUUGUACUUGGUUUAUCUAAUACAACCUCUAAAAUUUGUUAAAAUUUAAAUGAAUGUUAUGCAUUUAUUUGGGUUACUGAUUUCUUUUAUUGUUUAUUCAGACAAAAAUUUCAGUUGACUUAUCUGUUAUAUCGUUGGUUUGUCUCCACUAGGUGUCGCUUAUUGAUUUAUUUUUUCCUGUGGAAAUGCUGUGGAUUGUAAAAAAAUAUUUAAAUGCUUUUAUAAAGUGGCUGGUGGAAAGGUUAUCAAUUGUACAUAUAAGAAACUUCAAAACAUAUACUUGUUUAUGUCUUAACUGAUAUUGGCACUCAAUGGCACAUUUCUCUGUUAAAAUUGUUGUUUCAUCAUUGCCAUUAUUCUUUAAUUUAUUGGUUUUUCUUCCCUAUUUGUUGCUUUCUGAGCCUUUCACUAUUUUUUGUAUUCCAGUUAUCUUAAAAAAAAUAAAAAUUAUUUCCAUAUUUCCUGCUACUGGCAACCAUGUUUUGUAAAGGAAUAUGUGAAUGCUUAAAUUGAAGACCAAGUAAAUGUUUAAGUGCUGGCCUUAAUUUGUGAAUUGUUCAUUAUAAAAUAAAACAUUCUGUAACAUAUGUUUCUUAAGAAAACCUUUAGUUGUUUUUUUAUGGCUA